CGAAGGGGCAGCAGGCAUUGCCAGCCUCAUCAAGGUCAUCCUCACCUUGCGACACGGCUUGGCACCGCCAAACCUGCACCUCAAACAGCUCAAUCCCUACAUCGACUCGACGGGGGACUUCCCAUUCGUCAUGCCGGUCCAGGAGGGAGGAGGACUCAGGCUCAACACCACGGACGACACCUCACACACAGGCACACUCAUCGGCGGAUUGGGCUCCUUUGGUUUCGGAGGGUGCAAUACUUACCUGAUCAUGGAGACUCGUAUCGGUCCGGUAUCCCGAGGGAAGGACAACGGAGAGGAGAAGGACUGGCUCUGCAACCCUGUGUCGUGGGAUCAUCGACCAUUCGGGUGGGACAUGGUUCAGCUAAUGGUUGAUGCCACUCAGUCGGCUCAGCGGAGACUGAGCGAACACGGCCUCCUCGAUGGUCAAGUAUCCCAGCCCCUUGGUGAGGAUGGGAAGGACAUUGACCUCAAGACGAUGAAGGAGGAGGAUGUGUCAAAGCUGAUGAUUGAGUUGGUGGCGGAUCUGUCGGGGCAAGAGGUCUCCGCUGAAACUCCCUUAUUCGAGAUGGGAAUGGACUCCCGCGCCGUCAUCGAGCUGCACGAGUCUGUGAGGAAAAUGACGGGAAUCGUCAUGCCGCAGACCCUCCUCUUCGACAACCCCACCGUCACUACACUUGCCAAGUUCAUCCUCGAGCAGGCGCACAACAUGGACACCGCAUCCAUCGUCGACAUCAGCUCCAUCAGCACCACCCAGUCUCGGUCGCGCAAGCGGAGGGCCACUGACUUCGCCGUUGAUCCGCUCUAUGACCUCGCCGACCUCAGGGCCAACCUCCGUAUUGACUUGUCCAUGACGGCUCCGGCCAAGCCGCCUCGAGACUACACCAAUGUGCUGCUGACUGGCGCAACAGGCAUUGUGGGCCGCUUCCAGCUUGCCUCGCUGCUCGAUCGCAAUGUGGACGGCAAGAGACUCACCGUGCACUGCAUCGUUCGCACCAAGAGCCGGAACGAGGGGCUCUCACGCAUCAGGGCGGCCUGCGAGGAGGCCAUGAUCUGGAAGGACGAGUGGACAGCUCGGAUUGUGGUGCUGCUGGGCGACUUGAGCAAGGAGUUGUUCGGACUUGGCCAGGAGAGGUUUUCCACUCUCUGCGAGACCAUGGACGCCAUCUACCACACUGGAGCGAGUGUAUCGCUGUACCAGGGGUAUACUCGUGGGCGAGUGACUAACACACUUCCUCUGCUGCCCAUGAUCGAGCUGUGCACCACUCAUCGCCUCAAGCCCCUCCACUUCACUUCCACGCUCGCUAUCUUCCCCGCCUUCACUGCCAACUUCACCAAGGAGUUUGCCGAGGAGGAGCUCGUGGAGGGCGCCGCGCCAUCCAUCCAGCACAUGAAGAGGGUAUUCCCACCCCAGCAGCAGGGCUACCCCUGGACUAAGUACGUGUGCGAGGAGCUGCUGAGGGAGGCACGUGACCAGGGGCUGCCGGUGACCAUCUACAGGCUGCCCAACACCAACAUGGCGAUCUCGACUGGCUUCACAGGCAUGUCCAACGUCGCCACGGCACUGAUCGCCAGCUUCAUCCAGGAGGGGUUCUUCCCGCGGGCCGCCAGCUGGGCCAACAACACACCCAUCGACAUGGCUGCUGACGUCAUCGUCUCCCUUUCGCUCAAGGACGACAGAAAGCACUGGAUGUACCAUGUCUGCAAUCCCAGCGUCUUCACCGAGUAAGCAAGACACUCAUUGAGUAGGCAGGAGUGUCACACAGAUUGAUGCAACAGCGUAAUGGUUCGACAUCAGGUCUCUGCUAAGAGAGUGGGCCCAAAGAGCAGGGAUCAUCCUGAGGCCUGUGAGCUUCGAGGACUUCACGGCGGCCAUUAAGGCGAGGGGCCCCAAGUCGCCCAUCUUCAACCAUGUGCCCGUCAUGCGGCACUGGCAGAAGUACUGGUACGAGGACCCCACAUCGGACCGCACCGAGGUGCCCAUCAGCACAUCCAACAUGACGGAAGACAUCGACGUCAGCUGGCCUGCCGCCGAGCAGCUCUGGAGAGCAUCCCUGGUCUACCUGAUGAGGCAAGAACUCCUGCCCAGCGACAGCAAGGCCAUCGCCCUGGACCCACAGGUCCUGCUCGAUAUGGCUCGGGGGCAGACGGGACUCAGCCAGCUGGGGGGGUCGGUGGACGAGGAGGAUGUGCUUGAGGCCUUUCGUGUCUUCAUCCAGUCGGCCCUGGAGGAGAGCAGUAACAUGUCCUUCCUGGGCAGGCUCUUGCUGAGCCACAGCAUCCGCCAAAGACUCUGCACCCUCCUCUACAUGACUCACAGGGCCCACACCCACCCCGCCAUCCGUUGUCAGCAGAUCAAGCAGCCCCUUUUUGUCGUCGGUUUCGACAGAGCCUCAGUGAUGCUUGUGCAGCAACUGCUGGCCUGCGACGAGGGCAACAGGGCACCGACAUUCAGUGAGAUGCUCUGCCCCUUUGGUGAGGACGGCGAGUACGUCCACGACUCGCCGGAGAAGGUGAGGUGAAGGGGAGAAAUGGCUAGAUGUGGAUGAAUCCUGUGCCCAACCCAUUGCCUUGUAUCCCGUCUUGUGUGUGUGUCUGCAGGAUUCUCGCCUUGCACCAGCCCAGGAGGCGAUGGAUGUCAUGUUCGGGAGCAGCGAGUGCGUGAACCGCCUCGGCCCUCUCACAGCCGACAUGGCCUUCGACGACUCGAUGAUACUGCGGCCCGGGACGCAGUUUGACGCUCCCGAGUACGAGUCGCGGCUGUCAGGCAGCAGCGGGUCCGAGGCCCCCCAGGGCUACGGCUUCCACAAGACGUUUCUGCAGCACCUGCAGUGGCAGCAGGGAGGGCAGCCCAAGAGGUGGCUGUUGGCGUCGCCUGACCAUGUUGGCCACCUCGACGACGUCCUCACCACAUACCCUGACGCUAAAAUUGUAUUUGCACACCGGUAUCGACAGCGUUGUACAUUCAGGAGACUCUUUUCAUUCAGUACAGUACACCCUGCGCGUAUGUAUGUAUGCAUGUAUGUAUGUAUGCUGUCAGGGAUGUGUGCGAGACGGUUGCCGGUCGGUGUCAAGAGACCCUGUCCCUCCGACAUGGCCUCAUGACGGUCGACGCAUCCAAGGUGGCCGAGAGGGAGCUCCGCCAGAUGGCGACCAACGCCAAGGCCGCGGGCGACUUCAGGAGGCGCCACCCGCACCUCAAGGCCCAGUUCGCCGACGUGACGCUGAGUGACCUCUUGAAAAACCCCGUGGGCCGCGUCAAGCGGCUGUACAGGAAGCUCAAGCUGUCUCCCUUGUCCCACCGCUCGUCCCAGGCCAUGUGGAAGAUGGUGCUGACCAACAGGAGCAAGUGGAGGACAAUGGUCAAGGGUAUGCCUGUGUCGGUGUCGCACUUUGGGAUCGACGAGGACGACAGCCGCGUCACUUGGCUGUCGGUGGAGAGCCUCAUGGGCAAGAAAAGGAAGCGCAGGAGGCUGGUAGUGCGAUGUGUUGGUAGCCUCCAUCCAUCGGUAGUGUGCUGUCGAUCGGAGCCCACUCAGGUAGACGUUCUUCCUUGAUGGAUGGGCGAUGUGGUAAGUGUCUGUGUAGAUGUAUGUAUACAGAUAGGCGAGGCGGGGGAUGGAUGCGAUGCGAUGCGAUUCAUGGUGUUUGUGUGUUUGUAAGUGCUUAAAUGAAGGAGAGAUGCAAUGCAAUGCAUGGUGUGCAUUGCAUGACAUUCACUCAUUUAUAUGCGUUGCAUGCUGCUGUCUGGACCGAUCCAUACAUACAUUAGGAUACAUGCACUGCACACAUACAUGCCGUGUGCCGCUGCGCCGCCCCCGCAGCCAGUGGCCCUUGGCGGUGUGGUGUGUGCCGUGUCUGUCUGUCUGUCUGUCUGUCUCUGUGUCUCUGUGUCUGUGUCUGUGUGCAUCGCAUCCAUAACAUCCAUCCAUCCAUGGGACACUCCCUUACUUGCUUAUUUGUCGUUGGUUGUAUGUGGCAUGCAUUUUUCGUGCUGUCACUUGCCUGUACGUACGUGUGUACUGAUCUCUUCCCUGUAGGUGUGUGUACUGCCUGCCGUCCCUCGGCCCACAAAACGUGGGCUGCUUAUCUUAUUGAUCAGCGCUGCGGGGGAGCGGAGUGUCAGAUAUUAUGAGGGAGGGGGUGUACCUGUCUGUCUCUGCUGUCAGUAUGUUUCCAUACGCACUUGUCAUGUCAGCUCAGAGCGCUGCGUGCAUACAUACGUACAGGCAGAACCGAUGUUGGGUUUCUGGGCAUCGCAUCGCAUCGCAUUCCAUCUGGUGUGUUGCCUGUCUGCUGAACGGCAGCCAGGCAGACAUGGUGAUUUCCUACGACCUACACAUCGCAUAGUGUGUUGCUUCCUUGCCUGCGUACUUAGUUCCACAUAUGGGUGCGUCUGAGGACGCGCACUGCACCGCACCGCACCGCACCCAGCUAGUCGAUUUUUGCCAUCCAUCGGUGUGUCCCCUCUUUUAUGGAGAGAGUUUGUGUUGUUGACUUUGCGACGUACAGAGGUUUCGGACGAUUGCCGACAGAGUGUGUUUUUUUCCUUUGUGCCCCUCGCGCCGCGGUGCCGUGUUGUACCUGUCUGGCGCGAGCCGUCACAAGGUUGUUCACACCGUUGUUGUCAGUCAUGUGCUCCUUUCUUUCGUCUCUUGGUGUACAUACAUACAUUACAUGAACGCUGCACUGCACACACCGUACACCCAUCCAUCCCUGUGCAUCACUUGGGUUCUCUUUUCCUACACUGUGUCUUCGUCUUCUGUUUGUUUCAUGCAUUCAUUGCAUGCGUAGAUGAAUGACAUGUGCGAAGAGCCUGCUAGGUACGCAGAAGGGCUGACAGUGACAGACCAGACAGGUCUGUGAAUAUGGCG